UACCAAAAAAUAAUUGCAACGUCCUGUGUUUGUUGGGCAGUCCAAUGAAAUGAAAUAAGGAAGGAUUGACAGAUGGGAUUGAUGUCAAUUUUAACUAUGAAAAAGCGCGAUGUUAGUACGUUAGCUAAAAGUUUGACAACUGUUGUAGCCUAUAAUAGAAAUGUAAGGGCUGUUCACAUGGCGUGUCUAAAAACACGCGCAAAACAGUGCCUGCGUCGACUUUUUUCUCUUUCUGGCGUUGGGGAGUUUGCACUCACUUGGGGUAUGGCGUUCCUAUUUAAUAUUACUCACCUGAGUAAACAACUGAUAACGAGUACCGAGGCGCAACACGAUCGCGAAUGGGGAGGUUGUUGAUUGCGUUGUAUUAAUGUUUGUACAUAUUAUAUAAAAGAGAGUCUACGUUGUAUUAAAAUAUAUUUGUUUGAAAGUCGUGCAGAGUAAAAUGAAAAUUUAGUUACUCUCAAGUUGUUUCAAACCUUUAUAAAUUUUGGGGGUUGAGGAAUAUAUUUGGACGAAUAUUUGCAAUCAAACAGUUCUUGGACCCCAUUGCCUAUAGUUAAGUACAAUAGUCAAAAGUGCACCAACUGUCAUUCUUCAAAAUAUCUUCUUUUGUGUUCAAAUAUAAAGUUGUUUUUCCUACUAAAGUUAAUUGGGCCCAAGAACGUUUUAGUUAUAAGCAUUCUUCCAAAAAUCUUUCUCUUUGUUUAUCAGAACAAAUCAUUUUUACAGAUAUGGAACAACUCGGUGAGUAAAUGAUGACAUAUUUUUUUGGUGAAUUAUCCCUUUAACUGAAAUAAUUAUGAAAACAAACUAUGUUGGAUAACCGAUAGCCUCAUAUAGUUGUUUUAUUUUGUAAACAUCAGAAUACAAUAAAAACACAUUAGCAAAAAAUCACACUAGCAACAUUUAGGCAAGGGUAGCCUAAUAUAGGGUUAUAAACCUGGGCUUUCACUGCAAUAAUUUUUCCAUUAAAUGGCAAGUAUAAAUCAUACUACAAUGUACAUGAACAAAUAUAAUUAUUAAUUUUUGAAAUAAUUGUGUGGCCAAAUGUAUUGGAACGUUACAUUUUGCUCUAUUGUUUACUCAUUAAUUUAGGUAAUUUAUUGCUUGGUUUUAUUGUAACAGCUUAUCUCACUGUGACAAAAAGUCACAUGUUAAAUAUCACUUGUUUUGUAUUUUCGACAGCUCUCUGAAAUAUAUUUUCUAUAAUUUGGCCUCCACCUUCUUAGUAAAGACUGCGUUGGGCGUAAACGUUAAUUCCAAACAUUAAAAAAAAACGCAUCUAAACCUCGAUCAAAUUGUAAUAGUUAUAAUUUUACAGCCUUUAAUUUUCACAAAAAAUUGCAUCAAACCCUAAAACCACACAAAGUCAGAUCAGCUCUUGUUGUUAGUGCAACUAGUAAAGAAAUUGCGGUAGAUUAGGAUCAAGAGAGCUUGUUACACCAUGUCGAUAAACUCUCUGAAAAUUGCUCUGUCUUAUGUAGACCUACUGUAUUUAAAUGCACAAUGGAAACAAUACUUAUAUAUUUUAAUUAGGAUGGAAAACAAUGUAUUUAAAAUGAAAACUCAAUUGUAUUGAAGUCCCGAUAAAUUUUCGUUUUCUGUUCGUUAACAGCUAGGAUAUUAGUACAAGAAUGUUCAUUUAUAAAUAGCGUGAUUUUUAAUAAUUUAAGUGUAAAGUGCUCAUAAAAAAUGAAAUCCACUUUGACCAUUGAAUAACACAAAAAAGAUGUGCGAACAUGAUCAAUCAAGUAAUAUUAUAUUAUAUUGUGUUGUAUUAGGACAUAUUAUUUGACCCAUUCUACUGAAACCCUCAGUUCAUUUCGUAAUGCGGAACAUUUCCUCAUUUGCCUUACAAGUUGCAGCAAAUCUUAUACCUGAAAACGCGUGACGGUAUUGGAUGUAUUUACCGACAAUCAUUUUAAUUUCCAGUGAGAUCAGUGAUCGCACAAAAAGAAAUGUGUGUUUAUGAGCUGUGUUGUGUUUGUUGUUUUAAACGAGCAGUCCUGUUGUGUCAGCAGUGCGGCUUUUAGUUUACACACAACAGCUAAUGACCUGCAGUAGAUCACAUUACUUCAACUGGGCUAGUCCUGUUCUGUUACCAUCCACAAGUCAGUUUCUCGCAUAUAUUUCGCUGACGACACGUGAAACAUCACACCGUCGGAUUCAGACUGUCAUUUUCCCAUUAAAACCGCAAACGUAAAGAUAAAAUCUGGGAUGGGUAAGGAAAAAUUAUUUACCAAGACCGUUUAGCCUACCUGACUGCUUCGUCAGUCUGUAGCCUACAUUUUCUCGGUUGUAGCCAAAUAUCCAUUCUGCGGUCGUAUUGCGUUGUUGAGUGUAUAAGGACUCGUUUAUAGCUAUAUGCGAGUCGUAUGGAUCGCGCUAAGUGAAAGUAGUGUUUAGGAUAGUGUGUCUGUGUAAGCCCAGCCUCCUCCUUUACAUAGACACAGCAGCGUUUACCUGAGAUCAUUACCUGUGCGAAGCGCACCUGGACGGACUCACACAAAUGUGGAUUUAGGGGCUUUAGUGACGACAGUUUCAAUAAGCAGGAGGUGACUGAAAGAUUUAUUAUUUUUAAAGUGACAGGAAGUCUCUCAGCUGAAUUUCGUGUCUUGAUUUUUUGCUUUAAUGGUUGCUAUGAUCCGGACCUGAUCCGUCACAUCAUGUCCAAAUCGUCAGAUCAGUUUGACAGCUCAGACUGCGUUUGCUCUUUCGGGAUGAAGUUGACUUGGGAUAUAAAUGACCCCAAACUCCCACAGGAAACGAAGCAGUUUGAUCCCUUCCAGGAGUGGACGGAUGGAUAUGUGCGUUAUAUCUACAGCAGUGAGGAUAAGAACGCACAGAGACAUCUGAGCGGAUGGGCCAUGAGGAACACGAACAAUCACAACUGUCAGAUCCUGAAGAAGUCCUGUCUCGGUGUGGUUGUGUGUUCACGUAACUGCUCUCUUCCAGAUGGGACCAAGCUACAGCUGAGACCGGCCAUAUGCGACAAAGCACGGCAGAAACAGCAGAAAAAGCUUUGUCCAAGUUGUAAUUCGGCUCUUGAGUUGAUUCCAUGCCGAGGUCACAGCGGAUAUCCAGUUACCAAUUUUUGGAGAGUAGAUGGAAAGGCCAUUUUUUUCCAGGCUAAAGGGGUCCAUGAUCACCCCAGACCAGAGAGUAAGUCUGAAACAGAGGCAAGAAGGAGCGCAGUGAAACGGAGAAUGUCUUCACCUAACUUUUCACAGAAAAGAAGACUGGCAGAGCCAGAGCCUGGGCGCUACCAUGACAUGGCCUUUCCAAAUAUCCAUCAGCUCACUAUGGACGGCCCAGACCGCUUCAGCAUCAUUGCAGAGUCCAACUUCCCAAUCCAGACCCAACACUACCCUCCGUUCCAGAACCCAGAGCCCUACAAAUUCACUUACGACACGCACCCUGCAGCACCUAUGGCAGAUUCUCCAGGAAUGCAGAAGCCUGCGAACCAUCGUCUCUAUAUGAGUCGACCCCCUUGUGGGUAUGAUUUUGCAGUUCCAGGAUACUUAGGCUCCAGCCCUUAUACGGCAGCCUUGUACAAGGACCCUGCUAGUCCACAAAUGGAGAGCGAAUCUAAUAAAUCUGGACCUAAUCUAAGUGGAGUGUCUCAUGGCACAUGUCCAUUAGGCAGCAAUGAGCGGAGCUAUGGAGACACCAAUGGAAAACACCACGGCUGGAAGCAGAUUUUUAGCAAAGGUGCCUAUGGGGAGCGAGGGGACUAUGCCCAGCUCCCAACCAAUGCCAAUCACCACUACUACAACAGCGACUACCCAUGUAGGUACACAGGGCCCGCCCCUGCCACCCCAGCAGCGCUGCAGACGAUUAUAACCACCACGACAAAAGUGUCCUAUCAGCCAUGCCCUAAGCCAUCUGUUGUCAAGUAUGGGGAGAACAUCUAUGACAUGAAAGGCCUGGCAAACUGUAACUCGCUCCUUGAAGAAGCCUCUCCUACAUCCUACCCUGACUUGAAGAGUCCUGAGGAUUCCGGAGUGAUCAAAUCUGCCCUGUCGUACCAGGACACACUACCAUCUAAAAUUGAUAGAGCUGAAAACUUUGAGGGCUAUCGCUACAGCAGCUACAGCUCAAACAAUUACCCUGAACGUAUGCCACAUCCAUUCAGGUACGACAGUGGGGAAUAUUAAGUGACUGAUAGCCAGGUGUACUAAAACACCUGGGCAAGAUGUGUUAUACUGUACACGAAUGUGUAUUUAUUUAUAUUCAUUGUCAGAGCUAUUCAAAUGUCCCUAGAUGUUAUUGGUGGACUUUGUGUAAACUUUUGAUCAGAGUGAUGAUAAAUCAGUGUUGAGUACGUUUCCAGAAAAAAUAAGUGAUGUGUUUGUAGAUCCGUGAUUGGUAACUAUAGUCUGUUGUCUGAAAAACAAUGAAAGAAUAGUGUGUUAAAUAUGAGUGUAGGUUAGAACUGCUUCAUGAUGUUCAUUAAAAAUGGCCUUGCUUCAGCAAAACUAAGGGCAUUUGGAGUGUUAUAUUUAUUACAUCAAAUCAGUCAUAUUUAAGAGGAGACUUGUAAAUCAUAAUACACUUUCAAUACAUCUUUACAAACGAGAAUAUCCUAAAAUCUCUCAGCAUACACAUACAGAUCUCCCUGACAAACACACCUCUGUUGGUAUAGCAUGCCCUAAUAGGAAGUCUAAAACAUGACAUGAAAGCAUAUAAUCAUGGGCUUAGUGACAAAGCUUUUAAGACAUCAGAGAACUUGAGAGACACUUCUCAAACCCGCACAAUCCAGCGAAGAACAUGCUGCCGUCAGAAGGGAUCAAGGAUAAUCACAGCAAAUUAAUCAGCUGCUUUUUCUUCAUACUGUUUGAGAGAGAUGCCUUGACAGGCUUCAGACCUCCAACAACUUCACGAGACAGGCAGAGAUACCAUGACAAAAUAUCUGACAGCCCAAGAGUCCAGUGAUAAGAAAUAAACUACAAAUAGAAAUAUGAAGGUAAUAAGAUAGACAAGGUUUGCGGCAGUAAUACCUGCUGCUGACAGCAUCUCUCCUCACAGCCACUUUGUAAGAGACGAAAACACAGGAAUGAACGAACCGACACAGUGAAUGGGAGUUUGUGCGUUUGUAUUGAGAAAAAACAUCUUCCUUGGAACAACAUAAUUAUAUUGUAUUCUAUUUUGUUUUGCAUUGGGAAUGCUGUUUGACCUAAAUACAUUGACAAACCUCUCAUGUUCUUUUUCCUAAUUUCUCCUACCAGAAAUGACAGAAUAUUGAUAGUAAAUCCUGUCCAGUUAAAAUAAUGGCUAAAAUAAUAUUUAUAUAUUUAUUGCAUUUAUGGAAAUGACAAUGUACAGCCAGCUGGUUGUUAAACAGUGUGAACCCUGACAGGGUGAUCAACAGGAUCUUUUAUCACACUGAAGGGGUUAAAUGCAGAAGUCACAUUUAGUUUAUGGGUCACCAUAUCUCACAAAUAGGUCACUUUCUCUUUCCAUUAUUCUGUGAAAACGAUUGGCUGGUUCUAAAUUACCCGGCUUAUAACACGGCUACUUGCUAUGACUGUACACAAAAUAUUGAUCAAAUUUAUUUUCAAAUUUAUACAAUUUAAAAACAUUUUCUAUCAUUUCUAAGCCAAGACAUAAUGAUCAUACAAAACAAACAAGCAGUUUGAUUUCGUACAAUCAUUUGUAAGCAAAUUGUUUGGAUGGCUGGCCAAUCUGAACCAAAGUAUUUCACAUUUAUUUGUGUUUUAACUUUUUUUCAGUCUUAAGCAGUAUGAUGCUCUCUUUUGAGUUUUUCCUAAUCUUAAACCAAUUAAGAAUCAUAGUGUUCUAAACGAUUUGUGACAAAGGAUGAACAAAGUGGUCCAAUUUUGACUGAUCUAAUCACAGUGGAGAUGAACACUUCACUGUAGACCAAGUAUUCAGCUGUUUAUUAAAAGCUUGUCUUAAUUGUCUAAAUUUUGAAUUAUAAUUAAAUCUGUCUCGUAUUACUCUU